AUGGAAAACAACCUCCGCUUCAACGUCUCUAAGUGCAAAGUUCUCACCAUCACCAGAAAGAAAAAUCCUAUCAUUCAUGACUACACUCUUGGGAGCCAAAACUUGACUCGAGUAGAUAGCGAAAAAGAUCUUGGAAUUACCACCACAUCAAAACUUUCUUGGGACAUUCACGCGAACACCAUCGUCGCGAAGGCCAACAAAAUAUUAGGCGUACUUAGAAGAACUUGUACCAAAUUGAUGGACAUGAAAACCAGACAAACUUUAUAUUUAUCGUUGGUCAAGUCCCAGCUGUGUUAUGCUACAGAGGUAUGGUCGCCGGUUAACAGCGUCCAGAUUUCAAGACGUGUUGAAAAAGUGCAAAGAAGAGCUACUAGGUGGAUAACAAUGACAAAGCGAGGAGAACUGUCGUACAGAGAACGGUUAUUAGCAUUAGAUCUGCUACCGUUAACCUAUGAUCGAGAAGUCAGAGACUUGGUGUAUUUCUUCAAAUCAUUGUUUAGUUACAUUGACGUCAAUAUCGAUAACUAUGUGUCGUUUGUGGGCCAUGGUC